AUGGUUGUUGAAAAGGAAAAAUUACGAUGUGACAAAGAGCUUGCAACAAACACACUAAGAAAAGCACAAAUUAAAAAUGAAUUUAACAUUAAAGCCUCUGAACUCACACAAAAGAUGAAAAAUUCCAUCUUCCCAAAUUUCAAGACAACGCACAUUUUAUUUGAAGAAAGUCCGAGUGAAACUGUUGACGAUGAACAAAACAAACUUUUUGAAAAAUUGGACCAAAAAUGUGAUUCAACACAAAGUGUCACACAAAGUGUAACACAAAAUGCUACACACGUGAAAAUUGAAACUUUGACUCCUUCAAAAGUGAACACUUUUCAAUCCUUCAAAAUGUCCCAAAUGUGCAAUAAUUUAACACUUUUAAAAUGUUCCAAUGACGACGAAAGAACUCCAUUUAAAAAUGGUCCAAAACUGUUUCCAGAAGAUUCUGCGACAGAACCCGAAGAAUCCAAUUUUAGAAAUUUGAACGAUUUCAACGACGACCAAAAUGUAAAAUUUGAAAAAAGCAAAAUUGAGACAAACACAAAUUCCAAUAAAAAUUCAAAGUCAUGCGACGACGAAAAAGACGAAAAUAAAAAACAACAAGAAAAAAUUGAAAAAGUUGAGGAUGACAACGGUGAAAUUAAUUUGAAUAAUUUAAACACCGUAAGUGGCUCGGAAAAUUUUGUGACAAAUCCGUUUCCUACAACCAAAUAUGAAAAACAUCGCAAAACUCGAUCGUAUCGAAAAUCGCGAAGCGACAAAUCCGAGAGAGUCGAAAUCAAUUUUGAGACGAAUAAAGUUGACAAAGUCGAAAAUUUGAACACUUCCAAAAUCACCGAAUUUUUGAGUGCGGAAGACAAAGCACAACUCAUGGAGUGGUCUGGAAGAACAGUCGGGAAGGCUGUGUUCAAUUCAUUGACAGAUGUCUCACAACGAUGUAGUAGUAGAUACUCCGAAUGUAUGUCAAACCGUAAUGGUUUUGUUUUGGUUAUCUCAACAAAGGGUUUUGAUACUAUUUUUGGGUGUGUAGUGACGAAGAAAGCAAAAGUGAGUGGAGACUAUAUACACGACGAUAACUGUUUUAUUUUCUCAUUAAAACAAAACGGUCAAAUAAUUAAUCGCCAUUUUUUGAUUAAAAAGGAGAAACAAGACUUUGCUUUUUUAGCUGGGGCGGAGAGAAGUUCAAAACGAUUUGAAAUAGGAGAAGGGGAUAUCAAGGUGUGGAAGAAUGUCGAUGAAAAAAUGAUGUGUAGAUGUAUACCCAAUUCAUUUGGAUGUAGCGAAGAAAGUACCUGUGUAUGGGGGAAAAAAGCUGGAGAGGCUUUUGAAAUAUACAAUUUUGUUGUGUUCGAGUUAAAUAAAUAA